AUGCCCCGCCAUCGCUCGAGCGAAAUGAGCCUGCGCACAAGCGCCCAGCCCGCACUACCCACCCCGCAGCGCACGCGCCCUAUACCCAUCGCGCGUGGGCGGUCAAUGACGCGGCACAAGUCUGCGGAGGAUCGAUGUCCAGAGCGCAGCGCACGACCUCCGGCUCGAGACUCAGAGAGCCCGCCGCUCGUUCUAGGGCAGCUCGAUGACCUCCAGCGUCCAUCGACGCCUGCUCGCCAGGCUACCAGCCCUUGCGUCACAUCCGCCGCACCUCCUUCUCUCCAAUUUGCACACGUACACUCUCGUCACUCGACGACGCCCUCCGUUCAGUGCAGAUUCUGUUGGGAGUGGUGCCACCAGGAGUCCCUCGAGGUCCACCGUCGUACAUGCGUGGCGUACCAGCGGCAUCGUAGGCAUUCGAACUCGGACGCGCUGCUGCGUUUCGUCAAGACCUCCUCGUCGGUACCACCUCAGCUGCCUGCGUCAGCCCCUAGACCGCAGCCCCCGAUGUCGCAUCCACCCUCGGCAUUGCGUUUUCUGCCACCGCCACCGCCACUAUCUCGGCGUCGAUCUCGAAAGCUCAAGGUCGAGUAA